GUGGGUUUUACAAAUAUUAGUCACAUGUUAACACCCAAAGGACGAGUAUAUGCUGAGUUGACAGUUUCUCACCAAUCUCCAGGAGAGUUUUUACUAAUAACUGGUUCUGGAUCAGAACUUCAUGAUCUUAGAUGGAUUGAAGAAGUAGCAAUCAAAGGCGGCUAUGAUGUCGAGAUUAAAAACAUAACAGAUGAGCUUGGUGUCCUUGGAGUUGCAGGACCGCUUGCAAGGAAGGUCCUUCAGAAACUGACCUCUGAAGAUCUUAGUGAUGAUGUUUUCAAGUUCCUUCAAACCAAGUCUUUAAAAGUUUCCAAUAUUCCUGUCACUGCUAUUAGGAUAUCUUAUACUGGUGAGCUGGGUUGGGAGCUGUACCACAGGCGAGAAGAUUCCGAGGCACUUUACGAUGUUAUCAUGAAUGCUGGCCAAGAAGAAGGAAUCGACAAUUUUGGAACAUACGCCUUGAAUGUCUUAAGACUAGAGAAAGCUUUCAGAGCCUGGGGAUCAGAGGUUUGA